UAUUGGGAUGGAGAGCUUAUUUUAAUGGCAGAUUCAGCUUUACUAUUCAAGUAAACAUGACAAGCAUAGUCUCAAGUUCAGGAACCAGUAUUUCUCUCAUUCCUGGAAGAGUCUUUACAAUAAAAAAUGGUCUCACAAAAUGCAGUUUGCCAAGGAAAUCUUUAAAACAUACACUAUCCUCACAAAGACUAGUAUUACCUCUUCUGCCAUCUGUUGGAUUGUUCCCACUAUACAGAAGGGAUUGUGCAUCACUUCAUAGAUCUAUUUUACAUAAAGUAUCGGCCACAGAAACUGAUACUGAUGUUGUGGUUGAGGAGCCAGAGUCAACUGUUGAAAAUGAAGACUCUGUCGGUGCCGCAGAAAUUCCAGCAGAUGCAGUUGAAACAAGUGAAAAAACCUCCAUCAGGUCAGAUGCCAAUCCUGCUCCAGCUCAAGCAAGACGUUCAAGACCCAGUAGGAAAAGUGAAAUGCCAACAGUGAAGAAUGAGGACCUCAUUCCUGGUGCAAAAUUUACUGGGAAAAUAAGGUCAAUCCAACAAUUUGGUGCUUUUGUUGAUUUCGGAGCUUUCACAGAUGGUCUAGUACAUGUUUCCAGGUUAAGUGAUAGCUUUGUUAAAGAUGUUGGGAAUGUUGUAUCUGUUGGCCAAGAGGUGACAGUCAAAUUAGUUGAAGUGAACAUGGAAACUGGGCGUAUUUCUCUUACCAUGCGUGAAAGUGAUAUUACCAAUAAGCCACAGGAACGGGUAGACUCUCCUGGCACCAGCGGUGACAAGCCAAAGCCUGCUCGGAGGAACACACCAAAGCCUAGCCAGAGAAAAGAAGUGAAGUCCUCGAAGUUUGUGAAAGGGCAGGACCUGGAUGGCACGGUGAAGAACUUGACCAGGUCUGGUGCUUUCAUCUCUCUCCCUGAGGGUGAGGAAGGAUUCCUGCCUGCAUCAGAGGAAUCUGAAGAUGGACUUCUAAAUAUGACAGGGGGCUCAUCACUACAGGUUGGCCAGGAAGUUAACGUAAGAGUUUUGCGUGUUGCAAGGGGACAAGUUACCUUGACAAUGAAGAAGGAAGAAGACAAUGAUUUUGAUCUGGAGGUUAGCCAAGGGGUUGUCCAUGUUGCAACAAAUCCAUUUGUGCUGGCUUUCCGUAAGAACAAGGAUAUUGCUGCGUUUUUGGAUGAGAGGGAGAAAAUAGAGAUAGUGGCAAAAGAACCUGUGAAACCAAAGACUUCAGUGGAAGUAGGACAGGUAAACCAGACUGAAACUGUAUCUGGUAUUCCAAAAGUUCAGGAUCAGGAUCAGCCUCCAAGCAGUGACGAGGAAUUGGUAUGUGUCUCUUCAACAGUGGUUGAAACAGUAGAAGAUGUUGAAAUUACUCCAGAAGAACUCAAUGUGGAGUCCAGUAGCUCUGGCGAUGAUGAGCCAGAAAGCAUAGAGUCAAGCACAUCACAAUUCGUUGGAGAAGUGGUUAAACCAGUAGAGGAUCCUGAAGCAACUCCGAAAGAUGUUGCUGUGGGAUCCAGUAGUGCUGGCGAUGAUGAAAAACCAGAAAGCAUAGAGCCUAACUCGUCACAAAGUGUUAAGGGGGUGCUUCAAACUGUUGAGAAAGAAGCAGAGGAAGGGAGUGUAUCUACUGCAGAUAAGAUAAUUGAGAAGGCUUCUUCAACGGAUGAGGUGGAAGAUGGAAAAUCUGGCUUAACUUCUUCUAUUGUACCAGUUCAAAAUGAAGGCACAGGAGCAACAAGCGCUGAUGAAAUUGGCAGUAUUAGUAGCUCAGGCGGGCAAGCAGAUAUUCUUCCUCCCCAAGAAGCUAAAGAAAGUCAGGAUUUUGGAGUAGUGGAGAACCAAGUUGAUAACGUUAAGGAUGAACUGGCUACUCAAACGUCUGCUGCUGAUUCUGAAAUUUCUUCUGCAAUACAAGUUGAAGAUGAAAAACAAGUUGAAAAGACAAAGGAUGAAGUGGAGAUUCAAACAUCUGCUGCUGAGGCGGAAAUUCCUUCUCCUGAACAAGUUGAAAUUGAAAAACAAGUUGAAAACACCAAAGGCGAAGUGGAGAUUCAAACAUCUGCUGCUGCGGCCGAAAUUCCUUCUCCUGAACAAGUUGAAAUUGAAAAACAAGUUGAAAACACCAAAGGCGAAGUGGAGAUUCAAACAUCUGCUGCUGCGGCCGAAAUUCCUUCUCCUGAACAAGUUGAAAUUGAAAAACAAGUUGAAAACACCAAAGGCGAAGUGGAGAUUCAAACAUCUGCUGCUGCGGCCGAAAUUCCUUCUCCUGAACAAGUUGAAAUUGAAAAACAAGUUGAAAACACCAAAGGCGAAGUGGAGAUUCAAACAUCUGCUGCUGCGGCCGAAAUUCCUUCUCCUGAACAAGUUGAAAUUGAAAAACAAGUUGAAAACACCAAAGGCGAAGUGGAGAUUCAAACAUCUGCUGCUGCGGCCGAAAUUCCUUCUCCCGAACAAGUUGGAAACACCAAGGAUGAAGUGGAAAUUCAAACAUCUACUAUUCAGGCUGAAAUUCCUUCUGCCAUACAAGUUGAAAAUGAAAAAGUGGAAACUGUCCCCGACGAAAAUGGCACCUCCAGAAAUUCAAAUGCACAAGGCAGCAGUUCUUCCACUCAGGAGAGUGUGGCUAAAGCAACUAUAUCACCAGCUCUGGUGAAGCAGCUUCGAGAAGAAACAGGAGCAGGAAUGAUGGAUUGCAAAAAAGCCCUUUCAGAGACUGGAGGGGACAUUGUUAAAGCUCAGGAGUUCCUUAGGAAGAAAGGAUUAGUUAGUGCAGAAAAGAAAGCCAGCAGAGCCACAGCUGAAGGAAGAAUUGGUUCUUACAUUCAUGAUAGCAGAAUUGGAGUCCUGGUAGAGGUGAACUGUGAAACAGAUUUUGUCUCCAGGGGUGACAUUUUCAAGGAGCUGGUAGAUGACAUAGCAAUGCAGGUGGCAGCAUGCCCUCAAGUACAGUAUCUCGUUACUGAAGAUGUUCCUGAAGAGAUUGUUAACAAGGAAAAAGAAAUUGAGAUGCAGAAGGAAGAUCUCUUGUCAAAACCAGAGCAGAUCAGAUCAAAGAUUGUAGAAGGACGAAUCAGGAAAAGACUCGAGGAGCUGGCAUUGUUGGAACAGCCAUACAUCAAGAACGACAAGCUUGUGGUAAAGGACUGGGUGAAACAGACAAUCGCAACUAUUGGUGAAAAUAUAAAAGUGAGGAGGUUUAUUCGCUACAAUCUUGGUGAGGGCCUGGAGAAGAAAAGUCAGGAUUUCGCUGCUGAGGUGGCCGCACAAACUGCAGCAAAAACAUUUACAACACCAGCAAAAGAGCAGCCUGCUUCAGCAGAAGCCAAGGAAACUGUUCAGAAGCCGCCAACAGUAACAGUUUCUGCUGCUCUUGUUAAACAACUGAGAGAAGAAACUGGAGCCGGGAUGAUGGACUGCAAAAAAGCACUGUCUGAAACUGGAGGGGACCUUGAGAAGGCACAGGAGUAUCUCAGAAAGAAAGGUCUUUCAACUGCUGACAAAAAAUCUAGUCGGCUUGCCGCCGAAGGCAGAAUUGGCUCCUAUAUUCAUGAUUCCCGCAUUGGAGUUCUGAUUGAAGUUAACUGUGAAACUGACUUUGUGGGUAGAAGUGAAAAAUUCAAGGAAUUGGUUGAUGAUCUAGCCAUGCAAGUUGUGGCUUGCCCACAGGUGCAGUUUGUGUCCAUUGAAGAAGUUCCAGAGAGCAUUUUGAACAAGGAGAAGGAGCUGGAGAUGCAAAGAGAGGACCUUUUAUCAAAACCAGAGAACAUAAGAGAGAAGAUCGUUGAGGGCAGAGUUUCAAAGAGACUUGGAGAGCUUGCUCUUCUAGAGCAACCCUUCAUUAAAAAUGACAGUGUUUUGGUUAAAGACUUGGUGAAGCAGACUGUUGCCGCUCUUGGGGAGAACAUAAAAGUGCGGCGAUUCGUUCGGUUUACUCUUGGGGAGGCUACUGAAGAUGCAAAAUCUGAAACUGAAACCUCGGAUGAAUAAAAUUGCCUGCUCAAAGAUCAAACUCGGAAGCAAAUCAGUAUAGUUCGGCUGCUGAGAGAUGCCGCCGAAACUAAUUUUGAAUGAGUAACGAUUAUUUUUGUUGUGAUUAAAGCAAGUUCUUUAUAUUCUAUUUUUUCGUAUCUUUACCUCAUUAUUAUGAUUUCUGAAUUCCUUUUCGCAUCUAUUUUGUAAUAUGAGAUGAGAAACAUCAAUACCCAAUAUGAAAUAUAUGAAAACAGAGUCCUAAUUAUUUUCAAA